AUGAAUCCUGGGUUGGGCAAGCGGUCAUUUGAGCACGAUGUACCCGUAUCCGCGACUGAUCAACCCAUUCAUGGCAUUGCUGCGCAAAACCGCUGUGUUUCCCUCGCGUGGGUCGACUCCACGUUAUCUCGCUUGUGCGCCGCCCAGACGGCUCUCGGCUUAAUUGUUUUAACAGGGUUGGCUGCGUUCAGCGCCGAGUAUCUGAUCACACCUGGACCGCCGGAAGGCGAUCUAGUUUCCCAGGCUGCCCAUUAUACCGGUAGUACGUGCGGGAAUGGCACGGUUCAUUCCACUCCGCAAUGGACUCGCUGUAUGCGUCCUGGAGCAUACUGCCGAGGUUUUCCGGACGUUUUGAUUUUUAUUCUGGCCCUCCGAAAGAAGCCUGUUCGACGGCCCGAGGUACGUAAUGGUUCGCAUGUUCGAUUGCUGCGCGAAGGCACGCUGAAUGACAACCUCGUCGUGGAAGGAGCGAAAAUCAUCCUGUUACCGAGCGUCGAGGCCGGACUGCUGUUUUACACGUUAUUUCACUUUAAUUUAUCUUAUUUCCCUGCAAGACCCUCUGGGAAAUUCAGGCGAAUCCUCACGUGUCCUCGCGUAGCAUGGGCUGAUAACCUCAUCACUAAAACUCUACGUCCGGAACAAAGCGUAAUGCAAGCGUUAGAGAGCCUGAACGACUCGCAGGUCAACGAUUUCCUCUCGGGCAAGGCGCCGCUGAAUUUAACCAUGAGGCUUGGGGAUUACAUGAUGAUAAUCCAACUACAAUUAAGUUCUGGGUCCAAAUCGUCUUCCCAGUCUGUCGGCGGAGCUUCAAAUCAGACUGGAGACGAUGCUGGCGCUUCAUCCGGCGAUUCUGCCAACAACGACGAAGAUAAACAAAAUAGUCCGAGUUGCUCGAGGGCUUGCAGCAGUCAUCAUUCAUCAAAGGAACACGAGGUACACGCACCGAGUAGUAGUUCAUCAUCAGUCGGAACCUCGAGUUCGGAUGCAAAUGAAGCGAGUUCGUCCAGCGGUCCAGAAAAGCCGUACCGUAUUUCCCUGGACACUGUGGCCUUAGCCGAAGCAUCUCGAAAUCUCACCCAAGCCUUACGACAGUUUUCUUUGGAAGUCCUCAAAACAGCAACUUCCCAGAGAAGUCAUGGUGGUCCAGUGCGGAAGCAGCAUGCGUCAACCUGCUGUGCUUCAAACGAGGCUGCCCAGCAACCGAAGCCAGAACGACCGAGUUCCUCCGAAGUUUCUCAGGAACCUGUUCAGUCAACAUCGAAUGGUCAUGGUGAGAGCCAGCAAGGAACUGCUGACUCCACUGCUGGUGGCUCCAACAAAACCCCGGAAGACGAAAGCUGCAAACCGUCAAGUUCCACAAGUUCAUCAUCGGAUUCCUCAAGCAAGCAACAAUCUGGAAGGCACCAGGCAGUGAUAGAGAAAAUGCGUCAUCACGGAUGCGGCGUUUACUCCGGAACAUUUUGCGGCACUUUAAAUCCCCAGCUGCAGGAUACUCAAGGUAAGCCAUGGCCCGGAAUCGCAACCAUUAUCCACAUCCUCAAUGAUUUGCUGGGCGCAAAUCCUCGGCAUGGCUCAUUCUGCAACCACAAGCGCAAAAGCAGUCAGGAUCCAGGAAGCUGUGACCAAAGCCCACCGAAGCAAGAAAAGAAACAACCAGAAAAAGAAGAAGAACCCGAAUGCAGUGCAUCUGCUGACUCUGCUGAUCAACUCGCCCUGGAGAAUGAAACAACCAGAAUUAAGGUUGAAGCAUUGCGAGAGUACCUGAAAGCUCGGAAGCAGCAACGGGAAGUUCGACAGAAGAGAAAAAUGUGUCACGCAGAUGAAGGAUUUCCAGCAACGUCGACUGAACAAGGUUGUGUUGAUUUGACUGCUGUUGAGAAAACGGAGUGA